GCAAAGAAAAUGCUGAUUCGAAUAAACUUCUCUUAAACCGUGAACGUGAUAGAAUGAGACAUCAAGAAAAAAGAAAGCUAGAAACUGCUGAAGAGCGUAGUCAACGUUUGGCAAAAGCGCGUGAAUAUGCUCGAAAAAAAAGAAAACACAUUUUAGAGCCUUCUGAACAGGAAAACAAUCAAAUGGUAACUGAAACAGAAGCGCAACCUGAGAACCCAUUCGUUCAACAGCUAUCCGAUGACGAUCGUAAACGUCUUAACAAAUUUCGUACUGAAAUGAAUAACUGUGCUCAUCGCUUGUGCCCUACAUGCAAAGAGCGGUUUCCAUCAAUAACACUCGUUAUGGGAGAAUGUCGAUGCUGCUAUAGUGAAAAAGGUGAAAUAAAAAAAUUUUCGGCUGAAAAUAAUAUGGAUCCUGGUGAUGUGCCUGAAGAACUAAAGGAUGACGAUUUCCAGAACAAUGAGGACGAAAUUUUGGAUGUAGAAGGUGGUCAGUUAAUUAAUGACAAUGAAGAUGUAAUCACUCAAGAACCACUUCAAUUUAGAAAUAUUUUAAUGCGGCUACGUGACGGCGAAUCUACUAUUGAAGAUUGGAAAAUACUUAGCACACGGUUUAAAGGUCCUAUUGCUAGGAUUCACGCAGUUCAUACUGGUGGUAAGGAAGCAUCGAAGGCUGAUUCGGAUGUCACAAAAGGCCUUGAAUCACAAAUUCUGUUAGCUAAGGGCGCUCAUGUUAUGCUCAGGACGAAUCUGUGUGUGGAAGCUGGGUUAGUUAAUGGUGUAAUUGGAACAGUCCAUGACAUAUUAUUUGAAGAAAAUCGGGGACCACCUUUUCUUCCUAUCGCAGUUUUCAUAGAAUUCAGUGCUUACAAUGGCCCUGCAAUUGUUUCUACUGAAGGUAAAAGAAUUAUUCUGAUUCCACCUAUCCGACGCUCAUAG